AUGUGAAUGUCUUCCCAGACUGAACUGACCUGGAUACGCAACAUGCACAACGGCACUGCCGAAACUCCACAUACGGCGGGAACAGGCAACGAGACUUUGUGCACACCGGCACCGAGCUCUGAGUUCUCACUGGGUGUGCUGGUGCUGCUGGCUUUCCUCAUGGUGUUGCUGGCUCUGGUCACCAUCCUUGGAAACACCCUGGUGAUCCUUGCUUUCAUCAUGGACAGAAAUCUCAGGCAUCGGAGCAACUAUUUCUUUCUGAAUCUUGCUAUUUCUGACUUUGCAGUGGGUGCGUUCUGCAUGCCUCUCUACAUCCCUUACAGCCUGACAGGGAAAUGGCACUUGGGAAGAGGCGUCUGCAAGCUCUGGCUGGCUACGGACUAUCUCCUGUGCACAGCUUCAGUAUUUAACAUUGUUCUUAUCAGCUAUGACCGUUUCCUGUCAGUUACUAAAGCUGUAUCUUACAGAGCCCAGCAGGGAGUAACAUCCAAUCCUGUCAUCAAGAUGGUGGCCAUCUGGGUCUUUGCCUUCCUCCUCUACUGCCCAGCAAUCCUCUUUUGGGAGCACGUGGCUGGACACAGUGUGGUAGCAGCAGACCAGUGCUACGCUGAGUUCUUUGACAACUGGUACUUCCUCCUGUGCGCAUCCACCCUGGAGUUCUUUGUGCCGCUGCUCUCGGUGACCUACUUCAAUGUGCACAUCUUUCACAACAUCCAGAGGCGCCAGCGGCACGGCAGCACGCAGGACUGCGAGCCUCCAAGGAAUGGCAGCCUGUCCUGGAGGUUUUGUCUCUCGCUGAGGCAAGGAGUGUUUUCUCCUCCGUUGGAAGAAGAGGACAGUGUUUCGUCCUCCAUGAGGCCAAAGAAAGAGUCUUUGGGAACUGAGAGCUCAUCUCCAUCCAGAGGCAAUUCUGUAACUCCAGAAAAUUACUUAUCUCUUUCUUUAUGUGCAAGGGCCAGGUCAAAACUGCAGCAGGACAAGAAAAUAGCAAAGUCGCUUGCCAUAAUUGUGUGUGUGUUUGCUGUUUGCUGGGCUCCAUACACUUUACUAAUGAUUAUUCGUGGGGCCUGCCAGGGAACCUGUGUUCAUAACUCCUUGUACGAAAUAACCUUUUGGCUUUUGUGGAUCAAUUCCUCUUUGAACCCAUUUCUCUACCCUCUCUGUCAUGUCAAAUUUCGAAUGGCUUUUAUGAAAAUACUGUGUCCCAAAAAGUUUGUAACAUUGAGAUCAGGCUCUUUUUAA